AGCAGUCUCCUCGAAUUUGUGGAAAUACAAUAAGUAACACAGAGUAUGCUUCAACUAUCGGUAUGCCACACCAUCCGGUUGUUUCGAAAAAAAUAACCCCAAAUCUCAGUGCAACAGUCCAAAUAGUUGCUAGUUCAAACAUAACUUCCAUUUUUGAGCACAAAUGUCACAUCUGCAGUAAACUUCACAAGUCCACAGACGAUCUCCAAGAGCACCUUAAUCAGCAUAAUAAAGACCGCCCAAAUCAGUGCGAAUUUUGCUCGAAGGUUUUUCCACGAUCAUCACACUUAAUUAUCCACCGUCGCCGGCACACCGGCGAGCGACCCUUUAAGUGCAAAUACUGUGAUAAGGCUUUCGUCGACUCGCGGGCACUGUCGGUUCAUACUCGACUGCACACUGGGGAACGUGUGAAAUGUGAGAUUUGCGAGAAAACAUUUGCCAGUUCCAGUGGUCUCAUUGUUCACCGACGUAUCCAUACUGGUGUUCAUCCAUAUAAAUGCGAAUAUUGUGAAAAAUCAUUCGCCCAAUCCACUGCACUUAAAUAUCAUCUAAAGAAACAUGAAACAGUUAUGCUGCCAACGUCUACUUGCGAUUCAACAGGGGGCUCUUUGAUACAUGCAUUACAACCAACUGACAGGCUAGGGGUAGUAUCGAAAUACCAGUUUUCAGGGUCCAACAAUUCCGCGGAAGCUGGAGAUAGGCAUAAGUGUCUUGUAUGUAACAAGCUUUUUAGAUCCUCGGAGUACCUUGUGCGGCAUCGUCGAACACACAGUGGAGAACGACCAUACCAAUGCGAAACAUGCGGGAAACAUUUUUCUACGAUGAGUUAUCUGGUUAUACAUCGAAGACGUCACACAUCCGAAAAACCAUACAAAUGCAAUACUUGCGAGAAGGCCUUUGUAGACUCACGAGCGUUACAAGAGCAUGCCCGGUUGCAUACUGGUGAUCGAGUUCGGUGUGAAAUAUGCCAAAAAACAUAUUCUAGUGUCAGCAACCUUAUUGUUCAUCGUCGUAUCCACAGCGGGAUCCACCCGUUCGAGUGCGAAAGCUGCGGGAAAUCAUUUGCUCAGAAAAAUGCUCUAAAGUACCACCUUAAGAAACACACGAAACAUGAAUAGUUUUGAUUUAGUAUACUUAACUAAGAUGACUAAGUUACAAAACCAAAUAUAAUUUGAAGAAGAGUCAGCUAUCCACUUUUUGGCAUUUUAUGUGUAAGCAGAAAAGUUACAACGAACCAAAUGUUUGUGAAGUUAUUCAAUAAGGCAUUUAACUAACUCAAUUAUGACAGACAAGAGAAUUAGGCCCCAUCCUAAUUAGAUUCAAAUGUAUCGUUAGUUCUAACGAAACUACAUUGUUUUACCGCCAACAAUACCAUAACAAAUACCUUCCACAAACCCAAUAAAUUCUUUACAUCACAAUAAUAUCAUCACAAAACGUAAAACCAAUAGACAUCAGUAGAUACAAUUCAUUAAUACUUCCAAUGCAGAGGGAUUCUUCUACUUGGCGCAGAAAGAUUAUCAGAAUUUAUUCAUUGUAACAGUUGUACCGAGGGCAUAUACUACCGCUUGAUUUCCUGAUUAAAUUUAUGUAUGUUUCCUGUCUCACUUCACACUUGAAUAUUGAUAAGAAUGUCAUCCAGAAAAUACAAAAACCAAAUCAAGUACCACUACUGGUGUAUGCCGAUAAACAUUUUUUCACGUUAUUUCGAUCUGAGCCUAACUCAAUAUGCACUGUAAAGAAAUUUCAUUCCAUAUGUACUGUAAAAAAUAUAGAUUGUCGAACAUGACUAAGCCAGCUUGUGAAUAGUCCAUAGAGUUAAAAAAGGAUAGUUUCUAAAAUUCAGAAAAUCAGUAUGAUAGAUAAAUUCAUUAUAAAAAUGAAAACCAUAAAAAACAAAAGCAUGACUACAAUAAGAAAAGCCAAAUAACAAAAAAUGCAAGAAUUCGAAAAUUUAAACGUGAUGCAGUAACCUGAAGUAGAAUAUUGCUCUCGCUCCUAGCUUGACAUGGUGUUUUGAGUUAAAUAAAGAUGAUGAUAGAUCUUUACAGUUCCAAGACCUUCUAUAAAAACUUUAACUGAUAUUGUCCCUUUGUUUUUU